ACCAAUAUCCUGAAAUAUCUGUUCUCUUACAGUGGCGAUAAUGAAGCCUCCUACCACUGCCAAACACGCCUCCGCCUCUGCUGAACUUUUUAUUUUUUGGACAAAGCUGCUGCCGAUGAUGUACCAAAGGUCUGUUUUGGAGAAAUGACAGAUGAGAGAAUGAUUAACCUGGCCGGCUACAAGGAUAUGAGUGUGUGUGUGUCACUGUCAAAGGUGUCAUUGUCAGUGUUUGUGUGUGUACAUGACAGGAGGUGAAGGUCUGGAUGAAGGACAGAGAUCACACACUUGAACAAAGACAGCAGAGCAUCUGAGACAGACAUGAGAGACAAUAACAGAGAGACAAUGUUAAAGCGUCAAAAUUAUCAUUUUUUUUAAGUGGAUUCAGUGAAGUAUUUUGCAAUACAUUGAACUCAAAGGACUUUUUCUUCUCAAACAGUAGCAGAUGUAUUUGUUCUAAAAGUGUUUUUUUGGCUGCUUUGGUCCAAUGCAGCCAGCACAGUAAGUGCCAUUUAGAGUACAGCGGCUGCAUGACAACUGUGACUAUGUCAAGGUCUGAGGAAGCAGACAGAGACUGAUACAGCAAGCAAAAAAAAAAAAAGGAAAAAAAAAUUUCUAUUUGAGAAGCAGGAGCAGGUUCAACAGAAAUACCAGUGGUGAAUACAAACUGUACAGGCUGCAAGCUCUGCUGUUUCUUCAUCCUCUACCUCCUCAUCCUCCGCUUCAGUUGCAACUUCAGCUCCUGCAGCAAAAGAACAAAAUCAAAUCCUCGAUCAGUCCGGGAUCUGGCUCCUCCAUAACCUGCUGCAGUCUCAGGAGCUGGUCUUGCUGGGUCAGUUCAGCGGUUCAUCACAGCUGUAGCCAUGGCAUCAGCAGCUCUGGAACUGAUGGGCUUCUUCCUGGGCUUGCUGGGGAUGCUGGGUACCCUGGUCGCCACAGUGCUACCAUACUGGCAGAUUUCUGCCCACAUUGGCUCCAACAUCGUUACGGCUGUGGCCAACAUGAGGGGCCUGUGGAUGGAGUGCGUAUAUCAGAGCACGGGGGCCUUCCAAUGCGAGACCUACAAUUCCAUGCUGGCGCUGCCCUCCGACCUGCAGGCGUCUCGUGCCCUCAUGGUCAUCUCCUUGGUGCUGUCCAUCCUCGCAAUCGCCAUAUCGACCAUGGGGAUGCAGUGCACUCUCUGCCUGGAGGGUUCAGGCGCAGUAAAAAGUCGUGUGGCAGGUACGGGUGGGGGUCUGUUUCUCGCUGCAGGCUUCCUGGCACUCAUACCAGUGUCGUGGACCACACACGAGGUGGUCCAGACCUUCUAUCGUCCCAACAUACCUGCCAGCAUGAAGUUCGAGCUGGGGGAGUGCCUGUAUGUUGGCCUGGCCUCGGCACUCAUCUCCAUGCUGGGAGGGGGGAUGCUGUGUAUGUCAUGCUGCGAAGAGCAGGACGGCGGCCGUGGGAGACGGCACGGCGGAGGGUAUCCAUACCCAGUAGGAGGCGGCACAGGGGUACGGACCACCUCACAGACCUACCGCAACCCCACCCUGCAGGUGGGAGGCAUCAACACAGCCAGCAGGGGGCAGGCACUGGUCCGCAGUACCAGUGGCAGCUCGCAGACAAGUAUGCAGGGAGCCCAGGGAGCCAAGAAGCCCACUGCAGCAGGAUAUGACAUCACAGGAUAUGUCUGAGGUUACUGUGACUCCAUCACCGCUUCAUAUACAGUAUGGCUCCUUCACAACAUAAGUUCAGUUAUAUGUAUUUAUAUGCUGUUUUUUUCAAUAUGCUUGACAGAGCAGACAAAUAUGUGACACAUUUAAGAUGUUUUAAGACAUAUAAAAAUAAUUUGUGCCUGACAUGGUUUUUCCAUUAAAAAAGUUUGAAUACCUGGUUAAAGUUCCUAAAAUGACAUCCUUCUACUUAUUUGAAAAAUCUAUAAUCUAUGAAUAUACCAAUUUCAAAAGUUUAACUGCAGGACACAGCAUGCCUCCUACUUCACUGUAAAGUCCAUUCUCAGUGUAUGUGCAUUGGAGGCUGCAAGUUUCACAGUCUAAACAGGGUUGGUUUGUGAACUAGUUGUGACGUCACAAAACCACGCUUGUCUUACUCAGGCCUUAAAUUCAGAUUUAAGGUGAACACAGAGAAACAUUCCCCUCUUCAGCAGAUGAAUAUGAUAACAACCCUUCUAGUGUCUGCAGUGGAGCUCAGACAUCCAACUGUAGGAACAAGAAGCAAAACAUAUUUUUGAGUGGAAGAGGACUUUAAUGUACAUACAAACAAGAGACGAGUCAACAGUUGAAGGCUCACAUGGCCUGUCUGCAAUCAAUCAUGUUUGUCCUUUUUUAAAGCUUUUUCAAAACUUUGUUAAGUAAAGUGGAAUUGUGGCAUUUCAGUGGAGGACAGUUUAGUUGUACAUGUUUUAUCUUCUUUUCUGAAGACUGUUGGAUGUCACACAUUUACGUUACCUUGAUGGCAACUCAUCCAUGUAGAAAAGUUGCAUAAAUGUGCAAACUUCACACACAUGCAGAUGACGCCCUUUGACGGUGUUGAUUAUAAUUGUGCUGGCUCUAAACAUGGCUGGCUCUGGAAGUGAUAACCAGAAGAUGUGUGUGUACAGAGCUGAAAAUGUUUCAGUCUGUAAAUGUACGUCGGCAACAUCUGUGAAAAAUUAAAUACAUUUGAGGAUGUCCAG